AUGAGGUGGCACUAUGAACAUCGUAGGGAAGAAGGUGUGUUGUGUCAUCCUUCAGAUGGGGAAGCUUGGAAACACUUUGACCAAGUAUAUCCUGCAUUUUCUUCGGAACCUAGAAAUGUUAGACUUGAUUUGUGUGCUGAUGACUUUACCCCUUUUUGCCAAUUUGUAAAACCAUAUUCUUGUUGGUCAGUAAUUGUCACACCAUAUAACCUACCUCCUGAGCUAUGUAUGAUGAUGCCUUAUAUGUUCUUGACCUUGAUCAUUCCAGGUCCAGACAAUCCAAAAGGUAAAAUUGACGUGUACUUGCAACCGUUGAUAGACAAAUUGAAACAAUUGUGGAAUGAUAGUGUAGUAAGAUAUGAUGCAUCAAAGAAGCAAAAUUUUCAAUUGAGAGCUGCACUAAUGUGGACAUUAAAUGAUUUUCCUGCCUAUGGGAUGUUGUCUGGGUGGAGUACUGCAGGAAUAUUUGCUUGUCCAGUAUGCAAGGGAGGUUUAAAAGCUUUCUCAUUGGAAAAAGGAAAAAAGAGAUCUUGGUUUGAUUGCCACCGUCAAUUUUUAACUCGUGAUCACGCUUUUAGAAGAAAUAAGGUUAUGUUUUACAAAAAUAGAAUUGAGACAAGAGAGCCUCCUCCAAGGUUAAGUGGUGAACAAGUGUGGAAAGAGGUUUGUGGGCUUCCUAAAGUAACUAACAUGCGGAAUUGCAUUGUUCCUGGUCGUGGAAUUUCACACAAUUGGACCAAAAGAAGCAUAUUUUGGGACUUGCCUUAUUGGAGACACAACUUAUUGAGGCACAAUCUUGAUGUUAUGCAUAUAGAAAAUAAUGUCUUUGAAAAUGUUUUUCAUACAGUUAUGGACAACAAAGAGAAAACUAAGGACAACGAAAAUGCAAGAUUGGACUUGGAAAAGUAUUGUCAUAGAAGAGAGUUGUUGUUGAAAAAAAACUCUAAUGGGAACUAUAUGAAACACAAAGCCAAAUAUUGUUUAUCGAAUGAACAAAAAAUUGAUGUGUGCGAAUGGGUGAAAGGAUUGAAGAUGCCUGAUGGUUAUGCUUCUAAUUUGGGUAGAUGUGUAGAUUUAAAGCAAAAGAAACUCUUUGGCAUGAAAAACCAUGAUUUCCAUAUUUUUAUUGAAUGUCUACUUCCAAUAGCUUUUAGUGCUCUUCCCGAACCAAUAUGGAAGACCUUAACCGAGCUUAGUCAAUUUUUCAGAGACUUGUGUUCAACAGUGUUGCGAGAAGAUCAUUUAUUACAAAUGGAAAAAAACAUUCCUUUGAUAUUAUGUAAGAUGGAGCGUAUAUUUCCACCCACAUUGUUUGACUCUAUGGAGCACUUGCCAAUUCAUUUAGCUGAUGAAGCUAAGAUGGGUGGACCAGUUCAAUAUCGUUGGAUGUAUUCGUUUGAAAGAUUUUAA